UACACGUCACGGGAAGGCGGGUUCGUGCGUGUGCAUGAGCUACACGUUUUAUUUCCUUAAACUGUUUUUUUGUAGUUAGUUUCUCGUUGCUAAUUUCCAAGUAGUAAAUGAUUUAUAGCUGCUAUUUAUCUUGAUUUGUCAUAAAGAAAAAAGCGACUUUUUGAGAUGGGGUAUAUGGUUGUGGAGAAACACACAUUUGACAUGCUUCAUUUGAAGAGAUCUCCUGGGAUUAGAUCUUGGUCCCUCCUUGUUGGAAUUGCUUCAGUUGGAUUUGCCGCGGCCUAUUACAGCUCUGAUAGUGUAUUAUGGAAGAUGUUCUACGUGACCGGCUGUUUAUUUGUUGCACUACAAAACAUGGAGGAAUGGGAGGAGGCCGUGUUUAACAAAUCUAAGAAGGAAAUAGAAUUAAAAUCUUUUAGUCUCUAUACCAUGAUAUUGACUUUCUGGAAAGGAGGGCACGAGAAAGUGUUGUUAGAUCUGCGACAUUUGCGAGACGUGAAUGUUCAGGAGGAGAAGGUGAGGUAUCUUGGGAAGGGUUACCUCUUGGUGUUACGUCUGGCAACCGGAUUCUCUCAUCCGCUUACACAGAGCGCCACGCUAGGGUCACGCUGUGAUGUAGAAGCAGUCGCUGCUCUAAUAAAGCACUUCUUGGUUCUUGAGGAGUUAAACCAGAGGCUUGCAGAAGAUGAAUAUCCGAAUGAAGAUUUGGGUGAUAGCAGCGAUUCAAAAGAUGAAGCUGAUCUUUAAAACCUGGGAGAUAUCCUGUUGUGAAAAUGGUGGCAGACACUGUAUCAAGAAUCGACCAAACACUCCUUGAACCUUACAAACCAAUGAUUGUUACACACUGUAGUAUUUUAUAUGCAUUUCAAAGAGGCAUUACGAGAUAAUGUUUAAUACUUUAAGAUUCGUCUCUAGGGUUUGCAAUGCAUGCAUGAGUAAUUUGGCUGUUUGAGAAGGAACUGCAUGAUGAAUUUACUUUCCAUUGCAUGUCCGUUCAGAUCAAACUGUGCCUUUAUUCACUGCAUGACAGCAUGGCCGUCACUAAAAAGAUGGAUUUCAGGAAGACUGGUUUAAGGAUAACAAACUUGUAGCUUGUUUGUCAAUUAAUUUGUCUUAAAAAAAAUCAUUCGAGACUGAAGCCAGAGAAGAAACAAUAUCUGGAAGAUGCUCAAAAGUUAUUUGUCUUCCAAGGAGAUGCAUUUUAAUUUUAGAUGUUGCUGAUUUAUUAGAUUUAUCGAUAUGAGAUUAGCUGUUAUAUUUCUUUAGUUAUUUACUGUUUUUAAUAAAAUGAUUUGACAACA